UCUUCCUUCCCUGAUCGUCCCUCGGAAAUUCGGUUCCUCCUCACUAACUAUAAUGCAGUAAAUGUUCAUUGCUGCUGAAGUUCUGCGACUGGAAAAGCUUUUCAAAUUGCAGAGGUUUUAUUGCCCAAUACCAGCAAAGCAUUCGCCAGAGAUGAAUUGUUCAAUUUUGAGAUGAGAAGAUAACUGUUCCCCAUUAGACACUGAGAGAUUUAAUAAGCCAUGGGGAUUUCGUUUAAGGUUUCCAAGAAUGGUAGGCGGUUUCGCCCCAAACCGCUCCCUCUUCGACCCGACAGUUCCUCCGUUCCUGCUCCCUCCGAUGGAGCAGACGACGUCAUCUCCGUUCGCACUUCUAAAGAUACCAAUCAUAUCGUCGGAAAAACUGAAUCUGCUUCCAUGUCAACUCCUAAACCCGCAGUUGACUUUAGCGAGAGGGACAAUGACACUUCUGGAACCUCAGAAACUGAAGUUUCGUUUACACUGAGCCUUUUCCCAGAUGGAUAUUCUAUUGGAAACCUCCCUCAGUUUCAGGGUGAAUCUGGGCAUCAGCUAUCUGCUGAAGUUCCAAAAUAUUUGCAUCCAUAUGAUAGAGCAUCUGAAAGUCUCUUUUCAGCUAUUGAAUCUGGUCAGUUGCCUGGGGAUAUUCUGGAUGAUAUACCAUGCAAGUACACAAAUGGGAUGCUUGUUUGUGAGGUCCGAGAUUAUAGAAAGUGUUUAUCUGAAGCAGGAGUUACUGUGCCUUCUGCCAGUGUUUCUCCAAUUAUUAACAGGGUAUGUCUUAGGAUGUCUCUGGAGAACGUUGUCAAGGAUAUCCAAUCAAUCUCUGACAGUGGUUGGACAUAUGGUGAUUUGAUGGAAGUGGAGUCUCGAAUAGUGAAAGCCCUACAACCUAAACUCUGCCUAGAUCCAACUCCAAAGUUUGAUAGGCUUUGUGAAAAUCGAACUUCCACUCCCAUUAAGUUAAAUUUGUCUCUAAGUAGCAUGAGGAGGGAAAGGUUAAAGCGUAUUCCAGAAGUUACAGUGACAUCAAAUAAGAGUAUCCAUGGGAAAAAGAUAUGCAUAGAGAGAGUUCCUGAGGGCUCAAGAUUUGGAGAUUCUGGAACUGCACUGCAGCAGCCUAUCCAUGAUAAUCUGCAGAUUCAAAAUAAUGGUCCAAACAGUAUGCUUGCCCUUAGGUCUAAUAGCUUUGGGCCAAAUGCAUCUGUCCCAUCAUCUCCUUUGGUAUCUCAGCAGUCAAAAUACCAAAUGGGGGUUGGUAGCCCAAGAUAUAUGCAGGAUCAUAUGUCAGGAGCUGUUUCGAAUGCAUCAGGUGGUUCUCUUCCUGGGCAGGACAUGAUUAUCAAUUAUGCUGAUAAUAUGAGCUCUGGUGCUGCUUCUUUUCAUGGUAGGAGGGAUAAUCAAGAAACACAAUCGAAUUCAAACAAGAGAUCAAGACUUACUGCUAUUGGUGCUCAUGGAAAUCAACAGCAAAUUGUAGGAUCACAAAUGGAGAGCUUCCAUGGAUCGGAUUCGCAGUGGAAGAAUACACUUUUACAGCAGCAAUCACGCAUUCAGUAUGCUACUUCUGGAAUGCAGAAGUAUCCACAGCAAAUAUUUGAAGGGGGUUUAAAUCAAGAAGCUGGGGCAGCGCCAUUCUCCCAAGGAAUGAGGUAUGGCUUAAAGGAAGAGCCAGUUGAGACAGAGAGAUGGGACAAGCCAGAGCUAGGACAAACUAGAAAUGAAAUGCAUGUGCUGGAGUCCGAACUAAAUCAAACAGAUUCUCCGCAGUCCCGACUUCAGCAAAGACUACCACAGCAACUUGUUCGAUCUAGUUUUGCUCAGACUCCUUGGAAUAAUCUUAGUCAGCCUCUUGAAAGUAAUUCUAGAAAAGAGGAUCCAUACCACAAGAGGAAGGUAGUGCAAAGUCCUCGUGUUUCUGCUGGAGGCAUACCUCAGUCUCCUUUGUCAUCAAAGUCUGGAGAAUUUUCUAGUGGUUCAGUAGGGCCCCAGGUUGGAGCAGCUGUAACGAGUGGAUAUAUAUUAUCCCAAAAGGAGAAGCCAGGAAUCACAUCGGUUUCUCCAAUUGGCUGUACAACUUCUUUGACGUCAAGUGCUAAUGAUUCUAUGCAACGUCAACACCAGGGACAAAUUGCUGCAAAGCGAAGAUCCAACUCUCUUCCCAAAACCCCCGCUAUAAGUGGAGUUGGUUCUCCAGCUAGUGUUAAUAAUAUGAGUAUGCCAAUAAAUGCUAGCAGUCCUGUUGGAACUCCUCCUUUGGCAGAUCCAGUUAUGAUUGAUAGGUUCUCGAAAAUUGAUACGGUGACUGCAAGAUUCCAACUUAAUUGCAAAAAGAGUAAGGUGGAUGAGUACCCUAUGAGGAAAACGAAUGUAUUCCCUGCUCAGCAGCUGUUGGCUCUUCUCUCAAAUGAUUCAAGCAAUGAAAACUUCAAGGAUGAGUCACGUAAAAUGCCAUUGUCAACCUCACUUGCAGGUGGGAACAUGAAUGUUUGCAAGACGAGGGUGUUAAAUUUUAUGCUGACAGAGCGCAUAGUUCAAGGGAAUGGUUAUUCUAUUGUGCCCAAGGCUCGGACUAGAUUGAUCAUGUCAGAGAAGCCGAAUGAUGGUACUGUAGCAAUUCAUAUUGGAGAGAUAGAAGAUGCCCAGUACUUGGCUGCGGAAGACUACCUUCCUACCUUACCCAACACGCACACGGCAGAUUUGCUUGCAGCACAAUUCUGUUCACUGAUGAUACGUGAAGGAUAUCUUGUUGAAGAUCUUGUCCAACCAAAACCAAUUCCAACAACGAGUGCCUCAAGCAACCAACCUAGUGCUCCAGGAGUUCUUCCUAAUAAUCCUGCUGAAAUGCAGCAGUAUCCAGCAGGAGUUUCAGGUCCUCCAUCAAAUGACAGUAGUAAGCCAUCAAACAGUGGAGCUCUGUCAUUGAAUCCAUCCAAUAAUUUACAAGCACCGAGAAUGCUAGCUCCUGCGAAUGUACAGGGAGUACAUAUCUCCCAAGGGCUUCUGCCUGGGACUUCAAUGCCAUCCAGGCCACAGCAACCUGACCCACUACCAACUUUGCAGCAGCAGCAACUGCAGAGUCAACAUCAGUUGAUGCAGCAGCAGCAGCUCCAAAGAUCACCCCUCAUGCUUGCUGCUAAUCCAAUGUUGAAUACUAUGGGGCAGAAUUCCAAUAUGCAGUUGGGCAAUCACAUGGCAAAUAAACCUUCACCCCUCCAACUUCAGAUGCUGCAACACCAGCAGCAGCAGCUGCAGCCACAACAGCAACAACAGCAGCAGCAGCAGCAGCAGAUGCAGAGGAAAAUGAUGAUGGGUCUUGGAACUAUAGGUAUGGGAAACAUGGCAAAUAACAUGGUUGGGCUUGGAGGCCUGGGCAUGGCAGGUGUACGGGGAGUUGGUGGAGCAGGAAUUUCAGCACCAAUGCCAUCUAUUGCAGGAAUGGGCAACUUGGCUCAGAAUCCAAUGAAUCUUAGCCCAGCUUCAACUAUAAGCAACACAAUUAGCCAACAGUUACGCUCUGGGGCUCUUACUCCAGCACAAGCUGCUCUGAUGCAAACAAAGAUAAGGAUGGCACAAAAUAGAGUGAACAUGCUGAGUGGCCCUCAAUCAAGUAUUAGUGGUAUUACCGGUCCUCAAUCCAGUAUUAGUGGUAUUACUGGUCCUCAAUCCAGUAUUAGUGGUAUUACUGGAGCUAGGCAGAUGCAUGCUGGAGCUACGGGUCUUUCAAUGCUAGGUCCUGCUCGAGGCAACCUCAAUCCUAUGCAAAGAACUAUGGGACAAAUGGGUCCACCAAAGUUAAUGACUGGGAUGACUCCUUACAUGACCCACCAGCAGCAGCAGCAGCAGUUGCAACAGUUGCAACAGUUGCAACAGCAGCAACAGCUUCAACAACAGCAACAGCAAUUACAGCAACAACAAGAAACUGCUUCACCUCUGCAGGCUGUUGCUUCUCCUCCACAGGUAGGUUCACCAUCUAAUAUGGGAAUGCCACAGCAAAUAAAUCAACAGACUAACCAGCAGCAGCAGCAACAGCAGGCCAGCCCACAGCAAAUGAGUCAGAGAACUCCAAUGAGCCCACAACUAAGUUCAGGGGCUAUACAUACCAUGAGUGCUGGUAAUCCAGAAGCUUGCCCAGCAAGCCCUCAACUGAGUUCUCAGACUCUGGGUUCUGUCAGUAGCAUCGCUAAUUCUCCCAUGGAGCUGCAAGGUGUCAACAAGAGUAAUUCAGUUAAUAAUGCAUAGAAGAAUGUGGAGAUUUUGAUUUUGAUUCCCUGGCGGUUUCUUUUAGCUGCCUUGGUCCACCUCAGCUCCUUAGCAGCAUAUCUGAUUGGCAAUAUUGUUGUUACUUGGCGUGUAGUGUCUAUGCCUGAUGUCGUAUUGUGGUGCCUUGUAAAAUUUGUACGAUUAUAUGUAUGUAUAUUAGUAGUCAUCUUAGUUUUUACGAGUAUGUUCAGUCUUGGUGUAUUAGCACCUUUAGUUUCUCAAAAUAACACUUCUAAUUACAAUUUAUUGCUUGCAGGAAACUUAAAAUUCUGCAGCAACAAGAAUUUGUAAGUAUAGAAAAGUGCUUUGGUUAUUGGACGGUAUUGUCAAAUGUUUGUUCUAAUCUUUUCAGGCAAAUAACAAGUGGUGCUUUGGUUA